ACCGAUUGGCGGCCAGGAUUGAGCAACUCCCACUGCCAUUCUCCCCCACUCUCUCGGUGGAGCUGCAUCUCCGUCAGCCACCGCGUGUGGUCGCCGGCUCGCCGCCGCCACGGCAAAGGACGCCGCCACCCCUUCCAUCGUCAAUACCCGGCACCACCUACCUCUAUCUCCGAGUCUCUGACCCCCACCACCACACAUCCCGACCGAUUCCGAAGGCAAGGGGAGAGAACAGGAGUUAGAGAGGCGGGGGAGCGAUGGCGGUGGUCGGCGUUCUCGCCCUGCAGGGAUCCUACAACGAGCACAUGUCCGCGCUGAGGAGGAUCGGUGUGAAGGGGGUGGAGGUGCGCAAGCCGGAGCAGCUGCAUGGCCUCGACUCGCUCAUCAUCCCCGGCGGCGAGAGCACCACCAUGGCCAAGCUCGCCAACUACCACAACCUGUUUCCUGCACUUCGAGAGUUUGUCGGUGCAGGAAAGCCUGUGUGGGGAACAUGUGCUGGGCUCAUUUUCCUUGCAAACAAGGCGGUAGGACAAAAAUUGGGAGGCCAAGAGCUUGUUGGGGGGCUAGACUGCACUGUCCACCGGAACUUUUUUGGGAGCCAGCUGCAAAGCUUUGAAACCGAACUUUCAGUGCCAAUGCUUGCGGAGAAGGAAGGAGGCAGUAAUACAUGCCGUGGAGUAUUUAUACGAGCACCUGCUAUCUUGGAAGUAGGAUCGGAUGUUGAAAUACUGGCUGAAUGCCCUGUUCCUUCUGGUAGACCCAGCAUUACCAUACCAUCUGCCGAGGGUGUUGAGAUGUGCGUAUCUGGAUGUUCCUUUUAUUCAAGUACUUUGCUGACAAAAUGCUUUGAGAAAUACUACUACAUGAGUAGCGGCUACCCUGAUGGAUCCCUUGUCGAAAACAUACUCCAAAUUACCUUAUCUCUUCUAUGCACUGACUUGCAAUGCAUAUUACCCUGGCAGGAAGAGGUGUACUCAAAAGAUCGGGUGAUUGUUGCGGUACGUCAAGGGAACAUCCUCGCCACCGCUUUUCACCCAGAAUUGACAUCAGACUGUAGAUGGCAUCGCUUCUUCUUGGACAUGGACAGAGAAUCCCAUCCAAAGGCCUUCUCGGCGCUAUCUCUAUCGUCGUCUUCAAGAGGUUCAGAAGGCGGGUCAAAGACCAAGCCUUUUGAUCUUCCCAUAUUUGAAUAGCAGCCUACGGGAGAGGGAGUCUGCCGAACAUUUAAGAAAAAGAAAUAACUAAGUUUUGGUCAUUCGGUUGAUGACAGGCUGGGCAUCCCAGUGAUAUUUCUAUGUCAAAAUUGUAUCGAUCAAGCUACUGACAUUGUAUACCAUACACUUGUAAUCUUUGCUAAAGGAAGCUGGUCAGUUGAAUACAAGUCAAUACACACUCUUGUAUUAUGAGAACCGAAACUGCUUCACACA